GCUGAGCUGAGCCGGGCGGAGCGGAGCGGGGCGACGCGCGGGGCCCCGGCGGCGGCCGGGCUGUGCGGGCUCCGCCGGCCCUAAGGGCAGCUCCUCCUCGUCGGCUCCAACUGCUGCCAUGAACCGCGGCCCCCCCGUCCUGUCCCCCCCACCCCGGGGGGCCACCCCCGCCCGGCACCCCCUCGGCCCCGGGAGCGAGGGCUUGGACAUGCUGCGCUGCCCCUCCUGCCUCCUCCUCCUCUGGGAGCCGGUGACCGUGUCCUGCGGUCACUCUUUCUGCAAGCCGUGCCUCGGGGGGGCCGCGCCCCCCCGCUGCCCCCUGUGCCAGGAGAGGCUGAAGCUGCUGGGCGCCGGGGCAGCGAGGUGCAACGUGGUCCUCUGCGGCCUCCUGGAGAAAUGCGUGGAGUGGAAGAGCCGGGCGGCCUGGCUGGCAGCCCGUGUCCGGGACUGCCUCACCCGUGGGGACGCGCGGGAGGCGCUGAGGAUGGCUCAGAAAGGCGUCGAGCUGGCCCCAGAUGCCAGCUCCCUGCGGCUGUGCCGGGCAGAGGUGUUUGUGGCACUGGGACAGCACUCGCGGGCACUGGAGGACCUGGACGCCGUGUGCAGGGCUGAGCCUGGAGAGCAUGAGGGCUUCUUCAGGAAAGGGAAGGUGCUUCUGGAGAUGGGACAGAGAGCUGAAGCCUUGCUGGCGUGGGAGCACUGCCUGAUGCUCAGUCCCCAUUUCCACCCUGCUCGAAGAGAGAUGGAGAAGGUCCUCAUGCGAGAGGAUGCUCCUCAGCCACACACAGCUGCUGCACACCUGGGUGAUGCUCACCAGGGCUUGACUGGUCCCCAGGUUGAUGGACGGAGCCCUGCGCUCCCAUUGUCUUCUGCACAAGCUCAGCAUCAGGCGGGAGAGCUGCCUGAUGGCGGAGGGGAUGCUGAGCCUGAACAUGGCCAGGGGACAGCCGCCCUUUCCCAGCCGGGGCAAUGGCAGGAACCAGAGACUUCGGCAGAGGGCCAGGGCCAAUGGUUGGUAGAUAACGAAGAGGAAACAGCAACAGCAAGGGGUACCCAGACAUGCCUCAGGGAGCUGCUGAGCAUAUCUGACUUGGAGUGUUCCCUCUGCAUACGGUUGUUCUUUGAGCCGGUGACGACGCCGUGCGGGCACACCUUCUGCAAGGAGUGCCUUGAACGCUGCCUGGACCACCGGCCUAACUGCCCCCUCUGCAAACAGAGCCUGAGAGAGUACCUGAAGGCUGGAAGCUACAGCCCCACUGUGCUGUUGCAGGACAUUAUGCUGGCCAUCUUCCCCACACAGCUGGCUGAGCGCCGGGACCUGCAUCGGGCUGAGAUGGCAGAGCUCUCCAACCUGACAAAGAACAUACCCAUCUUCGUAUGCACAAUGUCCUUCCCAGGCAUCGCUUGCCCUUUGCACGUCUUCGAGCCUCGCUACCGCCUCAUGAUCCGGCGGUGCCAGGAGACUGGUACGAGGAGGUUCGGCAUGUGUAUAUACGAGAAUGGGAAAAGCUUUGCUGACUAUGGCUGCAUGCUGGAGAUCCGGCAGAUCGAGCUGCUGGCGGACGGGAGGUCCUUGGUGGACACCAUUGGCAGGAGGCGGUUCCGGGUGCUGAGGCGCGGACACAGGGAUGGCUACAACACUGCUGACAUCGAGUACCUGGAGGACAAGAAGGUGGCGGGGGAGGAGCUGCAGGAGCUGCAGUGCCUGCACGAAAGCACCUACCGCUUAGCUCAGCGGUUCUGUGAGCACGGAGACCUUGCCUCCAGGUACAUAUUGAUGCAGCAUGGACCACUGCCGGAGAAGGAAGAGGACAUCCAGGCUUCGGCAGAUGGCCCGACAUGGUGCUGGUGGCUCAUCUCCAUUCUGCCCCUUGACCCGUCCUACCAGCUGAACCUCUUCUCCACCACCUCGCUGCGUGCCCGCCUCACCCAGCUGCAGCGCAUCCUCACCGCCCUGCUGCAGCAGCCCCCCACCGGGCAGCCGCUGCCCGAGUGCAGCCCCCGGGGCCGCGUCUGAGCUCCUCAGCCCCCGGCCUCUCCGCAGGGCAGACCUCCUCCGCCUUGGGUUUCUCUGUGUGUUGCUUCAUGGUUUUGCGUGUGGUUUGAGCCCCCCUGAAAGCAACCUCAGAGAUGACCUGGGCAGCCUCUGCCCGGCUCGGUGGGGCCGAUGCUGUACCGGCAGCGACCCUACGCCGUCCAUGCCGCCUCUUGGAGCUGCUCAGUGACACAGCCGUGUCGUGCCACCAAAGGAGGGACUGGGAUAGAAAGCUGGGUUGCAUCUCGGGAACCAAAAUAACUUCCUGAGCUGCUUUGGCACUAAGGAGGAUUCUCCCUAGGGCAGAGGACCGUGUGCCAGGAUUGCCUCGGUUUUGGCUCUCUCCUUUGAAGGACAAUGUAGGGGUUUUUAGUGGAUGGUCCUGCUCCAUGCGGCAGAUUUAGAGGCUUGGGAGAGGUGGCACCGGGAGAGAGAGAGGAGCCAACAGCUUCCCCCAGCCCUGGGAGCUGACAGCUCUGCGUCUGCUUAUGACUUCAACUUAAUUUCUAUUCAAAUGAGAAGAAAGGUUAAAUUAAACAAUCCUUCUAGCCACCUCCAUAGCCACACGGCAAGGAGAUGCUGCUCUCCUAAUGUGCCUGGGUCCUGCCGUCCCCUUCCCACUGCUCUGCUCGGUGCUCUGCUGCUCACUGGCCACUUCCCUGGGCUGGAGGUGUGCUGGAGGCUGCCGGCCACUUCCCUGACUGCCAGCUCCACUGCCGUGAAGGGCCAGGGGGAGGUGGGGAUUUGGCAGCAUUGGUGCUUUUCCCCCCACCCAAGGCUGCUCUUCCUGAGCCUGACUGGGUUCAGGUUGCAGGGUCGGACCUGGGGGGCUGGAAGGAGCUGAUGGCACGAGAGACUUAAACCCGGAGGUGGUUUUGUGACACUUUCUGCUCCUUGACCAGUGCAAUUUUCCAGUGUUCAGUGGUUCUUGUGAACUUUCUGCCUCCUCAGGAGAAAAUCAGGAUCUGAGCUGAGGCCGGAUCCUUGCACUUGGGACCUGAAACAAUUCAGGAUCCCCCAAAAGAGCACAGGGUGAAGUCAAAGGGAACUCACCCUCUGGAGAGGUGGGGAACGGGUAGGACCAGUGACCAAGGCUGUGAGCUCCAUGGCAGGGGAGCAGGUGCCUGUCUGCAAGUGCCUGGCUGCUGCUUGUCUUUAUAUACAGGGAAAAGACUAUCUCUCUGGACAGACUAGGCUUUCCUCAAUAGAAAUCCUGAAGGUUUGGGAUUUGCCUCCCAUCUGUAAUUUCAGUGGCUUUGGGUUGAAUUACAGGAGUCACAUCCACUUAGUCAUUGGAUUAACAUUGCUUUCAGAAUUUUAUCCCUUCUCUCAAGGGCUCCACACCCCAUCUGGGGACUCAGUGGGCUGUCGAACGUAUGUGUGGGAGAGAAAAUUGGGCUGGGGCCACAGAGUUCUGUACUGCAUGUGUUGCUGGGCUGAGCCUGGGGCAGGAGGCUCUGGACACAGGUCUGGAGUGGUCCCUGCCCAGGGCAACUGCCUUUCCCUGUCCUGCUCUCUCCAGGAGCAAGAGGUUUGGUCUCUCCUCUCCAGCAAAGUGCCUCCCUGGAGCAACAGUCAGGGGGAGCUGAGGACUCGCUCCCCAGGGACCAUAGCGAGCACAGGGCUGCUGAGGACAACUGAAAUCUGGAUCUGCUCCUCUACCUUUAGGCCAUGUCCUCCCACACUUUGCUGCUGUCUCUGGGGUACCAUGGCUCUCCCAAGGGGCUAUAUUCUUGGGAUGUUGGAUCGGGGUGGGCAGGGGUAAGGGAUGGAGGGAUGCCUCACAGUCCCGGGGCAGAUGCCACUGAAGUUUGGGAAGUGCCUUUCUUUUCCACAGGGUCGAUGUGAGCUCACCUGGUGAUACCCCCAACCCUGAGCCCCUAACCUACCCCCACUGCCUGUUACCCAGGUGUGGGAGCUCCCUUGGCUGCUGUGGGUCCCUCUAGCAAGGGUGUGGCAUGGAGGGAUGCCGGGGAGAAGUGUGGGUCAGCACCAUGUCCCUGCUGGGGGAGAGCUGGGGACCAGAGCAGCAUCUGCCUGGCUGCUUUGGGAAGGGACUCAUGCAAAUCGCUCCAGUUUGCUUGGAGUGCCUUCGGGGUUUAUGUUAGUAUCUUUGCUCUUUGAAUUAAAUUUUUUUCCUGGUCAUUGAAAUAAAGACCUGUGUUUUUGGU